AUGUUCAAGCUUGCUGCAAAUGAAUCACAAUUGGAAGAAAUGAAGUUGAUUGAUGCAGUGGAACGUCUAGGUUUGGGUUAUCAUUUUGAAGAAGAGAUUGAAGAAGCAUUGCUAAGGAUGUAUGAAUCUCCAAUCAAACCCAACUAUGAUAAUGAUGUCAAUUUCAGCGCACUUCAAUUUCGCAAGUUGAAGGAUGAUACUGGUAACUUCCAAGCUACCUUAAUAAGUGAUUGGCAAGGAAUGCUGAGUUUAUACGAGGCUGCUCACCUUAGUGUAGAGGGAGAAGGUAUAUUGGAUGAAGCUAUCACUUUCACCAACUUGAACUUGAAUUCCAUGAUGGCCAAUCUUAGUGCUUCUGAUGCAAGACAAGUACAACAUGCUUUAGAUCUGCCUCUCCACAAAGGAAUCCCAAGACUAGAGGCAAGACACUACAUCUCUGUUUACGAGGAAGAUAGAACUCGAAAUGAAACAAUUCUGGAGCUCGCAAAAUUGGAUUUCAACAUGUUACAGAAAUUGCACCGACAAGAAAUCAAAGAACUAUCAAGGUGGUGGAAAGAUAUUGAUGUCGCAUCCAAGUUCCCUUUUGCUAGAGAUAGAUUGGUAGAAAGUUACUAUUGGGCACUUGGGGUGUAUUUUGAGCCAAUGUACUCUUUCGGGAGGCUAUUAAUAGCUAAGUUAAUAGCAAUUUUAACAAUCGUCGAUGACAUUUAUGAUAUUUAUGGUACAUCAGAAGAGCUCCAUCUCUUUACUGAAGCAAUAGAAAGAUGGGAUAAUGGAGCCAUAGAUCGAUUGCCUGAAUACAUGAGACUGUGCUUUCAAGAAGUCAUGGAUAUUUUCUUUGAAACUGAGGAUUGGAUGACUAGAGAAGGAAAUCCCAAUCAUCUUUGCUACUUAAUAAGGGAGAUGAAAGCAUUGAUUAAAGCCUACUUUGUGGAAGCAAGAUGGUUUAAUGAAAAAUAUUUUCCAAGACGAGAAGAAUAUUUGUGUAAUUCAUGGAGUGGUGGUUCAGUCUAUCCUUUGCUUACUGUUGCCUCAUUCAUAAGCAUGGGGGAUGUUGCAACAAAGGAGGCUUUUGACUGGGUUUCUAUUAGGCCCAAGCUGCUUACAUCAUCAGGUUUAAUUGUUCGACUCACUAAUGAUAUAAGGUCAAAAAAGGAGGUCAAGAGAGGACACGACGCUUCUGCUGUUCAAUGCUACAUGAAGGAGAACAAAGCUUCAAAGGUGGAGGCAUGCGAAUACCUUGAAAAUUUGAUUAGACUAGCAUGGAAGGACAUAAACAAAGAUGUUUUGAAGCCAGCAGCUCUACCCUUUCCUUUCCUUAUGCGGACUCUUAAUCUUGCACGAUUGGCAGAAGUCAUUUACCAUCACGGAGAUGAAUUUACUCGUUCAGCUGGUCGAACCAAGGAAAACAUUGCCAAGUUGCUUGUCCACCCUAUUCUGCUUUGA